AUGUCAAAUAAAUUCACAAAGUUAUAUAAGCGCUUAACUGAAUUAUCGCAAGCCCAAAAUUACUCCCCAUACCCCACGCCUCUCUCUAUCUUCUUCUCCCUCUCCCUUCUUCUCUCUCUCGACAAAUUGCAGACAUUCUCAAUCUGUCGUCGUCGUCUCCCAUCUUACCAGCCACCGCUGCCUUUGUAUAGUCGCCUCGCCGGAGCUGGCUACUGCUCCAUUGAUUUCGCCGGAAGAGGACGCUGCUGUCGCGCUGCUGUUCCGUCGCCGCCGGGAAGAGCUUCUGCUGGCUGCGUCGUCUACACAGCCGUCCAGCCGAGCCGCCUUCGCCGUCAGACGCCGGGAGAUGCUGUUGUCGCCGCCUGGAGAUGCCGCUGUAGCCGUUGCUCCGCCCCGGAACAUCACCGCCACCGCUGCUGGAUCGUUGCCGCCGGAAGAGCUGCUGUCGCGUCGGGAAGACGCGGCUCGCCGAUGGUCGUGCAGCCCCGAACAUCACCGCAGCCAACCCGAACAGCCCCGCACAACCCCGAAAUUCUCGAUUUAAAUCUUAUUACGGAGGAGGAAAAACUCAUCGCGGAGGAGGAAAAUCUCUACAUAAUAUUUAAUUAAACUAGUUAAUUUACAGUCCAUUGUAUUUUAUUUUAAAUUGUGCAGUCCACGAUUUAUUCAUCACGGACUGGAUUUCUAUAUUAUUUAUCCAAUUUAUUCGAUUCAGCUUGCGAAUCGAGUCCAAUAUAUUUAUUCCUCAUGGAAAGGAAAUUAUUUUA